UUUCUGGAGUACAUGGAAGGGAAAAUGUCACUUUCUACACAUGCAUGAAGAUUUCUUUACAUAGAAAAGGGAAUGAACAAUCUUCCUGGAAUUCUCUAUUUUGUGUAUCAGCCAAAUCUACCGGAGUACAUAGAUCAUGGAUAUUCUGUGUAUAGAACAUAUUGGCAUUCACAUUUAAGGGAUCUGUCUAAUGUCUGUUGACCAUUGCCAGAUAUGCUGUCAUCUCAUCUCUAAGCAAAAGGAGAGAAGAGUUCCAAGCAUCUCUCUGUAAGGUGGAAACAGAACUCAUAUAUAAGAGAUCCCUCCUGUUUCCAUUGCAGCCACAGGCUGAUGGUGGAGUGAGGCUGCCAGCACAAUGAAAGAAGCUGUCCUUCUCCUCCUCAGUGUCCUCACCCAAGUCACAUAUGGACAACUGAGGGUGAACAGUAUAACUCCAAACUAUGGGAGUCUCAACGGUGCAACCAGGAUCACGAUACUAGGGCAGGGCUUUGCUGAAGCAAACCAGUUUAAUUACGGAGAUGGGAAUGCUGCCCUUGGAAACAGCGUCCAGUUGGUCUCUGACACCUUGUCCAUUCCCUGUGACGUGGAGAAAGAUGCCAGCCAUGCAACCCAGAUAACCUGCUACACAAGGCCAAUGCCAGCUGAUAAUUAUCUCAUAAGAGUGAGUGUAGAUGGAGUUCCUGUGCCAGACAGUAAUGUUUGCAAUGGGAAUCUCAAGAGCUGGUCCUGCAGAUUUACGAGCCAUAUGUACUACACCCCAGUUAUAAACAGCAUAAACCCAUUCUCUGGAACUCCAGGUGCUAUGAUAACAAUCAAAGGAAAAAUUUUUACUGAUGUGUUUGGCAGUAACACCGCCCUAAGCUCAAACUCCAGAAACGUCAGAAUAUUAAGAGUGUAUGCUGGGGGAAUGCCCUGUGACUUGCUUAUACCAAAUUCCGAUACCUUGUAUGGACUACAGCUUGACAGCACCUCAAGUGAUAUGGGCACAAUGAUUUGUCAGUAUUCUGGAACAUAUGUUGGCCAUCUCAAUAUCAGCUUUAUUUUGGACAGCUAUUAUGGAAGGAGUUUACCAAACUUGGCGACUUAUUUUGUGUCUUCCCUGAAUAAAAUAACCAUGUUCCAAACAUAUGCAGAGAUCACAGGAAUUUCCCCCUCUGUUGGAAGUACUGAAGGUGGCACAACAAUCACAAUAACAGGGAGCAACUUUGAUGAAACGGAUUCCCCCGCCAGAGUUCUUGUGGGAGGUCAGGAGUGCAUUGUUCUUGGACUAACGGAUACUACAAUAAUAUGUCAAACUCCACCGAGACCAAAAGUACUGCCCACCCUGUUCCCAGGUGGCAGAGGACUUAAGUGUGAAAUGUGGAAUAAAACAUCUUCAUAUGCAAUUGACCAAGCCAUAAAUUUCACUCCAAAUACCACUAAUUUUGUUGGUGUUAGUUGGGUAGAAGAUGCAUCCCAGGCAUGGACGCUACAAAAUUUUAUUGUCCGACUCAGUGGCUUUUUUGUACCUUCUGAAACGGAUGACUACACCUUUUACAUCAAGGGAGAUGAUUAUUACAUCCUAAUGUUCAGUGAAACUGGUGACCCAGCAAACAAGACAAAGGUUGCAUAUGGCGGCUAUUCAAAUUCUUAUUUCUCUUACACGACACAAAAGUCAAAAACGUUUAGACUUCAGAAAGGAAAACCGUAUUAUAUUGAGAUAUAUUUGCACCAGUUCUGGGGGCCAUCGUCAGUAGAUGUGGGUGUAUAUAAACCUGGCAGUGUCUACAGCGAAACACAGACAUCCGAUGCAGUUAAUGAAUUACAGAGUAUAGAGUCCCAGACGACUGUAUUACAAGAGAAACAGACUAUAACAUUGCAGAACUGGAGCAGAUCUGCAGCAAUAAAGGAAGUUCAGACAAUCAAAGUUACAAAACUGUGUGAUACUGCUUGUCCUGCACUGUUCUACAGGCUCAUCGUUGGCAGUGAAAAAACAGAUUAUUUGUCAGCUGAUGCGUCGGCUGCUGAUGUUCAGACUGCCCUAAACAACUUGUGGUCUCUGAGACCAGACACUGUAGGUGUAACCAUGACAAGUGGGAGCAAUGAGAAUAUCUACACCGUGACGUUCAACUCCCAAAGAGGUGAAUUCCAGUUGCUUUCCUUUGAGAUCCCAGAUGGGAGCAACCUUACGGUGACUGUGGCAGAACAGACCAGAGGAAGAGCUGACAUGAGCACCUUCACCCUAGUGUGGGGUGGAGUUUACUCCAAACCUAUAGCAGAUAAUGCAUCUCCUGCAGAGGUAGAGGCUGCCAUUAAGGAGAUGCUGAGUUCCAUGUGCCCAGAUGUUUAUGUGAAGUACACGGAAAAUAUGGCAGUCAAAUUCUUCAGGAAUUAUGAAAACGAUUUCACUCCGUUGAAUAACCUAAGAGGCACUCUGACAAAUACAGAAACUCCAGCAUUUUGUGGCCGCUUUUCUUUGAAGAAUCCAGUAACUGUGUACGAUUCAGCAGAUCUUAGGCCUGACCAAACAACAUAUGGCCUUAUUUCACUGACCAUUCACAGCCAGAUGUGCUUUGCAUAUAAAGGAGCCCCAGCGAGUCAAAUUAACAUUGUUUUCCAAUACCAAGGAAGUUCCGGUGUGGUUACUGUAAACAACAAUUUUCCUUAUAAGUUUCCAGCAUCAGAUAGCUGGACAUAUACGUGUGUCGACUUGUUGAACCUGAUAAAAUCCACUUACACUGGCAAAAACUAUUAUGUGCAAACUAUUGGUCUGCAAGCGGCAUCAGUCUUCUACAUUGACGUGCUCUAUAUUGGACAGGUGGCUACAACCAACAAUAUCAAUGGUGCAACUGUAAGAAGAGAACCUGCAUUAGCUAACAGAGGAAUAAUGAUUUUGGAUGUUGCUGUGGCUCCUUGGACAAACGGCUCAUUACGCAACCAGUAUAGUGUAACCAUCACACCAGUGAAUUGUGGCUACAAUUUUCCACUGUUAUCCGUUGGCUUUGCAACGAACAUUGAAAACAGCUCAGAUAACACAGCGACCUACAGAGGGGAUUUGUGGCCCAACGGUACUGUGAUUAAUAUUAACAGAACACAGGCGGCAUCUCCUCCAAUCGGGGGCACAUUCAGUAUUCAGGCGUAUGGAAAACAGAUUCAAGGUCUCGCAGUCAACAUAUCCAGUACAAACUUGCAAUAUGUUUUGGAAACCAUUCCUGAACUGGGACAAGUUUCUGUAACAUCUGGAAGCGGCAGCUGUGCUGGAUAUUCCUGGAGGAUCAAAUAUUUAACAUCCACUGGAUCUCAACCUCUGUUACAGAUAAAUGAUUCCUUAGUGACUGGCAUAAACGCUACAAUUACUACAAAAAAAUUAACCAGUGGAGGUCUGUUCCGUCAGCGCUUCUUGGGUGACUUCUUAAGGACCCCCAACAAGGACCCACAGGUUGAGGUUUAUAUAAAUGGCAUCCCAUCAAAAUGUUCUGGAAACUGUGGCUAUACCUGGAUGGGAGCUCAAACGCCAGUAAUCAGUGGCUUAAAUACCACUACAUAUGAUAAUGCAGCUGCGCAGGGGUUGUUAAUAAGUGGAGCUGGACUCUCUAAAGGGACAAGCAAUGAAACAAGCUAUGUGAACAUUGGGGAUGUGCCCUGUACAAUUAUCAGUAUCUUCGCAACUGAAAUCCAGUGCCUGAUCCAACCAAUGAGUGCCGGUACCUUCCCCAUUAAGGUCUUCAUUGGUGGUUCUGGGUUUGCCUUAUCCAGUGGACAGAACUUGACAUUAACUGUGCAGUCCACCAUCUCUGCAGUGUCGCCAUCUUCAGGAAGCCUUGAAGGGGGGACACUUGUAACAUUAACUGGAACUGGAUUUAGUGAAGGAUCAAAUGUCCAGUUUGGAAGCAAAAAGUGUAAUGUUCUUUUUGCAAAUUUAACAACAAUCCAGUGUCGGACUCAAGCGCAAUCAGGAGGAUCUGUCGAUGUGGUUGUUCUUACUAAUGGAUAUUCUGCAACGUUACCAAGCUCAUUCAACUACAGCGCCUCCUUCACACCAGAGAUAACGGCAAUCAGCUCCAACACCAGCAGCAUUUUGGGUGGUGCAGCUCUGACGAUCUUUGGAAAUAGUUUUGGUAGCCAGUCACCCAACAGCGCAGUUCUUAUUGGAAACGUGACAUGCCAAAUACUUCAGUGGAACACGUCAAAUAUUACAUGCACAUUGCCCUCUAACCUUCCUGGGCAGUACAGUAUUUUGGUGCUUGUGGAUAAUUUGGGAUUUGCAUCAGACAGUUCACCGGACAAAUCCUCCAUUACUUAUGUCCUAAAAGUUAACAGCAUCCAUCCAAAGUUUGGCUCUCUCUAUGGAGGAACUCAGAUUACAGUGACAGGUUCUGGAUUUAGCACUAAUCAGACAAACAAUGUUGUGCAAAUAGGAGCUGUUCCAUGCAAAAUCACCUCCAGUUCAGAAAGUGGAUUAUUUUGUACUAUUCAAAGUCCAGGCAAAGUAUUUACUGUGACAAAUGAUGGAAAAGACCCAGUGUACGGAAGUGGAUAUGCUUGGCUGCCAGCAAGGGUGGAUAUUUCUAUUGGGGAUACGGUGGUAUGGACAUGGAAACCACAGCUCUUCCUCACAGGAAUUGGAUAUAGAGUCUUCUCUGUCUCAGACCCUGCAAAUGUAACUUACGAUGGCAAAACAUUUAUCAGUGGGACCACCAAAUCACCAUCUGGUGUCUUCUCCUACCAGUUCACAUCUCCAGGAACCUAUUAUUACAGCAGUGGUUAUGUCAAUGAUGCCAGAACAAUCUUCCUACAAGGAGUUGUCUAUGUAUCUCCAGCUCGAGAAAAGAGCAGUGCCUUGUAUGUGUCUGUUGGAGGGAUAGAAGCUCAGUACAACCCAGCUACAGCUCUACGUCUGUCAAGAGGGGUGGACAAUUGCAUAGCACCAGAGCCAACAUGUCCUCAACUUUCAAAUAUCACUUCCAAUAAUUCCCUCUCAUUUGGGUUUUCAAGCUGUUUCUCACCUUCCAUAACCAGAAUUAGCCCUUCAUUUGGAACAAUACGUGACUCAAUAACCAUCAAUGGAACUGGAUUCAGUGAUACUGAGUGUGCCAAUCAGGUUACAAUUGGAAAAUAUCCUUGCACUGUUUCCUAUGCAGACCAGAACACUGUGAUCUGCAAUGUAGACCCUCAGAACUCCAUGCUGGUUGGGAUUGCAGAGCUGGUUUCCCUCACAGUGAAUAACUAUGGAAAUGCCAUCAACACCAUAGCCAAGGAAAUGGAUCGACGCUUUGCUCUUCUGCCUCACAUUGAUUCUGUUACGCCCAAUAACGGAUCCACCACUGGAUUCACAAGACUAACCAUACAUGGAUCGGGGUUUUCUAAUAUAAACGGCAGCACUGUCAUUUCUGGUGUGAGCUGUACUAUCAUUUCAGUGAACUACACAGACAUCAUAUGUGAUACACUCCCUGGUACACUACAGAAUAUCAAAGUAAAUGUUCUAGUAAAUGGAAUUGUCAGUCAGUGCAAAGGAACCUGCACCUUUUCAUACAUAAGUAGUGUUUCAGCUACUGUGAGCAGCAUCUCCCCUACUUCUAUCUAUAACUCUACUACAUUGUAUAUAACUGGUUCUGGAUUGGGCACCAGCAAUAACGAUGUUUUGGUUUAUGUGGGCAACUGGCUUGCACAGGUUAUUAGUUCCAAUGACACACAACUAGUAUGUACUAUUGACUCUAUUCCCGCGGGCACUUACACUGUGAAAGUAAUUGUUUUAAGCAAAGGGUUGGCAAAGGGGCAGUUGACUGUAACUAGCCCGGCACAGGCAACUCUUCUAACUCCAUCUGGAAGCACUGAAGGUGGCACUCUCCUAUCAAUCACAGGAAAUGGAUUUGACCCUCUCAAUACCACUGUGCUGAUUGGUGCAGCUUUGUGCCAAAUUGUGUCAGUGACCCCAAGCAGCAUUCAGUGCCUUACACCUCCAUCUAUGGCGGCAGUGAAUGUUACAGUGUCCAUACGUGUGCGUUCCAUCACUUACCCACCUCUGAGCUUCUCAUAUUCACAGAGUGACACCCCCAUUGUGUCUUCAGUUGUUCCAAACACAGGUGUACCAGGAACCGCAAUUACAAUCUCUGGAUCAGGAUUUGGUUCAGAUGCCUCAAUGACUUCAGUGAAUAUUGGCAACACAACAUGCACUAUAACAACAAUAUCUGAUAACCAGCUACAGUGCACCACGGGUAACAAUUCUGGAGGAACUUUCCCUGUCAAACUGAGAACUGAGAAGGGAUUUGCCAAGUCCAACAUGCAGUUUAAAUAUCAACUGACAUUAACAAAUAUCUCUCCAAAUGUGGGAAGCUUUGCUGGUGGAUUGAUAAUCACCCUCACUGGAUCUGGGUUUGACCAGCAGAAUUCCAGGGUCUUUGUGUGCAGCUCAGAAUGCCGAGUAGACAGAAGCCAAUCAAACCCAAACUCCCUGUUUUGUUCAGCUCCUCCACAGAAUGUUUCUGGCUCUACACUGGCCUGUGACGUCCGGGUUGCAAAUGGAAAUGACACUGUCCAACUGAACAGCUCAUUCACCUACAAUUCUGCCCUGACUCCUGUAAUAAGUGAUGUGACCCCUAAGAGAGGUGGCACAGCUGGUGGGACAAAUCUCACCAUCACUGGCUCCCAGUUCAGCACAGACAUUUCCCAGAUCACAGUUACUGUGGGACAAGCAAACUGCCGAGUGCAAUAUGCCAAUAGCACGCAUAUUAUAUGUGUAACUGGAGCUCAGUCUCCUUCACAACAUACUAAGGUGCAAGUGAAGAUUGAAGGAAAAGGACUCGCCAAGAUGGAUAAUGCUGAUUUCCUCUACAUUGACGUUUGGUCUUCAAGAUACACAUGGGGAGGAGACACACCUCCUGAUGAAGGAUCACUGGCAGUUAUCACAAAAGGACAAACCAUCUUGUUGGACCAAAGCACUCCAGUGCUCAAGAUGCUUCUGAUUCAGGGUGGAAGUUUGAUCUUCGAUGAAGCCGACAUUGAGCUACAGGCAGAAAAUAUUCUGAUUACAGAUGGUGGUCUUCUUCAGAUUGGAACUGAAGAUGCUCCAUUCCAGCACAAAGCCAUAAUUACUUUGCAUGGACAUUUACGUUCUCCUGAGCUGCCUGUAUAUGGUGCAAAGACAUUAGCUGUGAGGCAAGGAACACUGGAUCUACAUGGACAGCCAGUGCCUGUAACAUGGACUCGUCUGGCACAAACAGCUGAAGCUGGAACAUCUACUCUCAUUUUGCAAAAAAAUGUGACAUGGAAGGCUGGAGAUGAAAUUGUCAUAGCCUCUACGGGCAAUAGACACAGCCAGAAAGAAAACGAGAAAAUGACAAUCUUGAGCGUCUCCCAAGAUGGUAAAACUGUGACUCUAACACAGCCCUUAACUUACAAGCACUUGGGGAUAUCAGUCACUCUUCCUGAUGGCACAGUAUUUGACGCAAGGGCAGAAGUUGGUGUUCUUACGAGAAAUAUUCUUGUGAGAGGGUCUACUAACGUUGAAUGGAGUGACAAAAUACAAGCUUGUCCAGAUGGAUUUGAUACUGGUGAAUUUGCUACACAAACUUGUUUCCAGGGAAGAUUCGGUGAAGAAGUAGGAAGUGAUCAGUUUGGCGGCUGUAUUAUGUUCCAUGCUCCACAGCCAAGUCAACUUUUGUCCAUUGGAAGAAUAGAAUAUGUGGAGGUAUUCCAUGCAGGACAAGCUUUCAGACUUGGGCGCUAUCCAAUACACUGGCAUUUAAUGGGUGAUCUUCAAUUUAAGUCAUAUGUACGAGGCUGUGGCAUUCACCAGACAUACAACAGAGCUGUUACUAUUCAUAAUACCCAUCACCUUCUUGUGGAAAACACUGUAAUAUAUGACAUUAUGGGAGGAGCAUUCUUUAUUGAGGAUGGAAUCGAGCAUGGGAACAUCCUUCAGUAUAACUUGGCUGUGUUUGUUCGUCAAAGCACCAGUCUUUUAAAUGAUGAUGUCACCCCAGCAGCUUUUUGGGUAACUAACCCCAAUAACACAGUAAGGCACAAUGCAGUGGCUGGCGGUACCCACUUUGGUUUCUGGUACAGAAUGCAUGAUAAUCCAGAUGGUCCCUCCUAUGACCCAAACAUUUGUCAAAAAAAAGUCCCUCUUGGUGAAUUUUAUAACAACACUGUUCACUCUCAAGGAUGGUUUGGAAUCUGGAUUUUUGAAGAAUACUUUCCAAAGGUGGGCGGAGGUUGCACUUCCAGUAUUCCACAACCUGCUACUUUUAAAUCACUGACAACCUGGAACUGCCAGAAAGGGGCAGAGUGGGUGAAUGGCGGAGCUCUUCAAUUCCACAAUUUCACAAUGGUAAAUAAUCAAGAUGCUGGCAUAGAAACCAAGAGAGUCAUUUCAGAGCAUGUCGGUGGCUGGGGAGAAACAAGUGGAGCUUUAAUUAAGAACACAAAAAUAGUUGGACAUGUUGAUGAACUCGGAUUAGGUUCUGAUUAUUGCACUGCCAAAGGUAUAAUUCUUCCAUUUGAUGAGGGACUAACUGUGUCAUCUGUAAAGUUCAUGAAUUUUGAUCGACCAGGAUGUGCCAGCAUAGGCAUUACAUCGAUUGCAGGACUUUGUAUAGACAGAUGUGGAGGCUGGAGCGCAAAAUUUGAUGGCAUACAGUAUUUUAAUUCACCAAACAAAGCUGGAUUCAGAUGGGAACAUGAAGUUGUUUUAAUUGAUAUGGAUGGUACUCUUACAGGAAACAUUGGUAAUAAAGUUGUACCAGAAAGUGGAUUGCUGGAUCCCUCACAAUGCAGUAAAAGCAAAGACUGGAGUGUUGGGUUCAAUGGAUAUGUCUGUAAUUCCACUGUCAGAUUCCAUCGCUUGGCCUUCAACAAUCCAACACCACCAUCUCUUCUUGGGAAGGAUGUCAUUCUUUCAAAUACUUUUGGUGUCAGCAUUGUACCUUUUCUUGCAAAACGCCUGACUCAUAAGCCUGGAUGGAUGGCUCUGCUUCCCAGUACCGCUACUUAUACCUGGUAUUUCCGUGAUGCUGCUUUCAUUACAAACAUCACCUAUCAGUCCAUGUUCUAUGGAUUUAAGAAUCCAGACUAUGUUAUAAUGUCCCACAACCUUACUCAGAGGCCAGAUAUGUUUACAAUUGUUGAUACAAGAAAUGGGUCUCAACAGCAAGUGGCUUAUGACGCCAACAAUAAUGGAGACUGGUACUUUAAUGACAACACAACUACAUUAUAUUAUAUAGUAUCUGGAAAACGUAGGUUAUCAAAGCGGUCCAUUGCUGGGACACUGGAUCCUGAUAUGACAAAUGUUAAUGUCAAUCUCGGAGUCAACAGCUGCUAUUUCAAGAACUGCAUUCCUCCUCCUCCAGUGUCGACCAUUGUGCCGUCAGUCUAUGAUUAUUGGUCCAACCGUUCCUUCUGGGAAUCAUCUGUAGAGAACAACAAAACUGUUCCAAAAGAAGGAUCCAAUGUGGUCAUCCCUGCAGGCAAAUGGGUUGUAGCUGAUGUCGACAUCCCACCUCUAGAAAAGCUGGUCAUUUAUGGUAUUUUGGAAAUACGAAACCUCACAAACAACAGCUCAACAAAUAGCAGCAGUGCCUUUAAGACAACUGUUCUCAGUGCUACGUACAUAUCGAUACAGGGGGGGAGAUUAACCGCAGGAAAGGAGAAUGAUCCAUUCCAAGGAGAGUUACACAUUAUCCUAAAGGGAAACCAUUCAACCCCAGAAAUGCCCCUGCCUGAUGGUCCCAACCAGGGCUCAAAGGUUCUUGGUGUGUUUGGCCAACUGGAUCUGCAUGGAAUGCCCCGCUCUGUUUACAGAACCAAGCUAGCAACAACAGCAGCCAAAGGAUCCAUGGAUAUCACAUUAGUGGAUGCCGUAGACUGGAAGGCCAGAGAAGAAAUCGUAAUUACGACCACCAGUUAUGACACCUGGCAGACAGAAACCAGACAGAUUGUCUCUGUCUCACCUGACAGGAGGACCAUCACUCUGAAUGCUUCUCUGCAAUACACGCACAUUGCUGAGAGCUAUUUUGUAGCCAACACAAGCUGGAAUUACACAAUGGCGGCUGACGUUGCUCUGUUGACCAGAAACAUAAAGAUCAUUGGGCAGGAUUAUCCAGGCUGGUACCAAGAAUCAUUUGGUGCCCGGGUGCUGGUUAGCACAUUUACAAUGAACAACGUUCAGUAUACAGGAAGCGCGAGAAUUGAAAAUGUUGAGUUUUACCACAGUGGACAGGAGGGCUACAGAGACCCAGCAGACCCCCGAUAUUCAUUGGCUUUCCUGUAUCUUGGGGAGGUAUCUAGAAACACUUCCUACAUCCUAGGAUGUUCCUUCCACCAUGGAUUUUCACCAGCAAUUGGUGUUUUUGCCACCAACGGACUGGAUAUUGAUGACAAUGUCAUUCACUUUACUGUGGGAGAAGGAAUUGUAGUAUCGGGAGAACGUAUCAGAUUGAGAAGAAAUCUUGUAUCGGUUGCUGUCUGGCCAGGAACAUACCAGGACAGAGAGGAGAUAAACAACAUCUUGUGGCAUGCUGCCAUAGAGAUCAGUCAAGGAACCGACAUAGUGUUACAGAACAAUGUGGUUGCCGGAUUUGAAAGAGUUGGAUACCAUAUUAAUGGGGAACCCUGCACAGAUGGAAAUGACACAAGUGUACAGUGGCUGAACAACGAAGCUCAUGGAGGAUUAUAUGGCGUGUAUAUGAAUAAAGAUGGUCUUCCUGGGUGUUCUCUAAUCAGAAGAUUUAAAGUGUGGAGAUGCUGGGACUAUGGCUUUUAUUCCCAGACCCCAGCAAGUGUGAAGAUCUCAGAAUCAGUAUUUGUCGACAACGGGAUGGGAAUAUUUAACAUUAUAUACACACCCGCCGCAACCUCUCAUGAGUUAUCGAACAAAACUGUUGCAGUCUCGAAUUCAUUAUUUGUGGGGAGCAGUCCAAACUUCAACUGCAGCGAUGUCCUGACCGACAGUGAUGCCAAUAUUAGGAUAUCAGCUGAACAUCGAAGCAUCAGGCCUCUACAAGGAGGCAGAACUGGAAUCUCUUGGCCAUCAUUUAUCUCUGCCCAGAACGCGGCACCAGGAAAACCUCACGCUGGCUUAAUGAGUUAUAAUGCAAUUACUGGUGUAAUGACUGUACAAGAUACAUCCUUGGUCGGAUACAAAACCGUGUGUUCUAGUGAAACCAAUGUAAUGUUCUUUACCAACCCACUCAAUGAUGACUUACAGCAUCCAAUAGAAGUGUCUAGGAUCCAAAUUGUUGACAGCGCAGAAAAUCAAAAAGUAUUUAUCCACAGACCCGACCUUUCGAAGAUUAAUCCCUCUGACUGUGUGGAUAUGGACUGUGAUGCCAAGAAGAAAAGUCUGUUGAAAGAUCUUGAUGGUUCCUUCCUUGGGCAUCAAGGUGCCGUGGUUCCAGAGUCAGAAUAUGCGUGGGAUACAGAUCCAAGAUAUGGUGUUGGGGACUAUCGCAUCCCUAAGGUUAUGCUGACACGGCUUAAUGGAAGCCGAAUCCCAGUGGCAGAAGUGGCUCCAUACAAAGGGAUUAUCAGGGACUCCACCUGUGUCUAUAUGUCUGCCUGGGAGGCUUACAAAUGCUUUGGAUUAAAUUACGAGAUGAUGGUUAUUGAAAGUCUUGAUAGCGAUACAGAGACCAGGAGGCUGUCACCAGUUGCUGUGUUGGGUAGCGGUUACAUUGACCUUAUUAAUGGGCCUCAAGACCAUGGCUGGUGUUCUGGAUACACAUGCCAAAAAAGAGUCUCGCUGUUCCAUGCUAUAGUGGCUACCAAUAAGUCAUUUGAUAUCUAUUUCACAAGCACCAGCCCACAGAGUCUCCGCCUGAUCCUACUGAAUUCUGACAAUUCAAAAGCUGUCCGUGUUGGUAUAUUCUACUCAAAUCCUCAACGACUGGAUGUGUAUGUUAACAAUUCUUAUGUACUUCCAACUAAUGGAGAUGUACAAAGCAAUGGGGAUGUAUUAUUUAAGGAACCUUCUUACGCAGGACAAUACAUGCCUCAGCUGAGUUCUAAUGUUGUGGGAGAAAACUUCUUUGACAACGACUACAAGAUGCUCUAUAUCCUGGUUAGAGGGUCAACUCCAGUCGAAGUCCGUACCACUCCUUUGAUCGUCGUUUCCUUCAAUCUCCCGGCCAUGACAGUGGAUCAGUUCUAUGGUGACAACCUUGUCAGGAAUCUUGCUCUCUUUCUGAAAAUCCCAGCAGAGAAGAUCCGCAUUACAAAAAUAAUUGCUGAAGGAAGUCGACGAAGGAAAAGGGCAGCAGGGGGACUCACUGUGUCCAUGCAAAUAGCAGAUCCACCAGGUCAACAAUCUAACAGCACUAACUCAACAACAGGUACCCUAAAUUACUCUAAUUUUCAAAGUAUAAGUCAAAGCUUGGCUGCAGCAGCAAUCAAUGGCAGUUUGAGCUCCUUCCUGAAUGUUACUGUUGGCUCAAUGUCCAUCUCUGAUCCCGUUCCAUCUCCAAGUGAUCCGGCAUGGAGCCAGGUUGCAAACAAGACUGUGGACAGAACUGAGAACACAACUGGAAGUUACUUGGCCAGUGUAUCUUCCCUCGUUGUCGCUGUGCAGCCUGUGGCCGGGACUGUAGGAAAAGUCCUAGCCCAACAGCCGGCAGUUAUGGCACUGGAUUCUAAGGGAACCUGCGUCUCUGUGAGCGUCAGCUCUCUGUCACUGACAGUACGACUGAAGAACAGCAACAACUCUUAUGUGGACAGUGGACUUGGCGGAACUACAACUAUUCUUUUCAGUGGCUGCUGGGCCAAUUAUACUGACCUUGUCCUCAAACUACCAGGCAGUGGCUUCACGCUGGAAUUUGUGCUCAACAAUAUCUAUGGGCAGACUAGAUCUUUUGAUAGUAAAGCUGUGGCAGGCACAACCUCAGCAACUACAACGACAACUACAACGACAACUACAAAGACAACUACAAGUGGCCAACAGGUCGCACCAGAUACUGGCUCUGCCAUUAACUGUUCUGUACAAACAAUAGUGCUGCUUGCACUCACUCUCAUUGGGAUGAACAUAUUCCUGGACAUGCCUUGAGCGGAUCGACCAGCAGAUAUCCGGAAAUUAAAGAAAGAAAUUAUGUGACUGCUAGAUUUUCACAGACAGUACAAGAUGUCAGCACUAUGAAGAUGUAUUUAUGAUUAUUAAAAUCUGUUCUGAUAAAUAUUAGUCACACACACAUAUGCUAAAUGUAUUUUAUCAAACUAUAUUCUAAAAAUUGAUCUUCCUCUAUUUUCUAGACUGACCAGUAAUGUAAAAGUCAGAACAUACAGAUGGAGCAGGCUUUAAGGUUGCAUUGUUGUUGAACACAGUUGCACUGGAAUUUCCUCCAACUGUAUUUGUGUAAUAUAAAUAUACUACAAAACUUCAUAGCAGACACUAGACUACAUGGUCCCAAUUGGUCCAGUAGAUAAACACACUACUAGAUAGCAUGAACGCCAUGCACCAUUGUAUCCCUGUUCUAUGGGAAAGGAAUUUCCCAUCAGGCAGUAGUUCUUUGUAUACAGUAGAGUAUAUCCCUGCUUUGUUAUGGCAACAUUAUAAGUUCUGUACAAACUGUGUCACUUUACCUUCAGUAAUGCAUUAUUCCGAAGCCUUGAAAUUAGCAUCGGUUCUUUCAAUGUCUAAAAUUAAAUAAAUGAAAAUAUACUUCAUUAAAUCACCAUGAUUAUCUAAACAGAAACAAACAUUAAACUAGAUGACAAUUCUCUAAAGGUGUAUUUUGCACUUUCUAAAAUGGCUUUAUAUAUAUGGGAAAGCCUUAUAUUUUAAUAUUAGAUAGAGAAUAAAAAUUUAUUUUUUCCCUAAAAGCAUGCACUUUCAAAAAUAAACUUGGCUGAGCAACAUAA